UGCCACUCUAGCUAAGCCCAUUUAUAAAUGCCCCAAGGCCCAAAAAAGCAAGAAACUUCUCUCUCCUCUCUCUUGAAGAAAUUGCUUUCUUCUCCGGCGUGAUGAAUGAUUAUUAGUCAAGUAAAAUGGGGCAUAGGUGGUGGUAGCUCAUUACAAUGGAAGACAACAAGGCGGCGAUGGCGCAGCAGCAGCAGCAGCAGCAAUUGUUGCAGCAACAGCUGCUGAUGCAGCAGAUCCAAAGGCAGAAGGACGCCAUGUCCCGGUUCCCCUCCAACAUCGACGCCCAUCUCCGCCCACAGGGUCAGGGUCAGGCUCAGCACCCCUCUCUUCUUCACCCCCGCCCUCUCACAAACCCUAAUCCUAAUUCCGCUCCCCAACAACCGAAUCAGCUCCAUCCCAACCCCAACCCUAACCCUAAUCCUAAUUCUUCUUCCGCACCGACUACGAAUAUUGCUAUGAGCCAGCAGCAGCAGCAGCACAAGGCCUCUCUCCAGCUUGCUUAUCAAGACGCUUGGCGGGUCUGUCAUCCCGACUUCAAGCGCCCUUUCUCUUCCCUCGAGGACGCCUGCGAGAGGCUAUUACCAUACCAUGUUGUGGCAGACUAUGAAGCAGAGGAAGAUGACAAGAUCCUUGAUUCAGCCACCACAGGCCAAAUUCUUUCUCGCUCUCAGCAGUGGGACAAUAACAUUGCUGCAAAAGUAGCAGAAUUCACAGCUACAUUCGAGAAGCAAGUCCUUGCAUUCAACAUUAUUUCCCGCAAACGAGGUCUUGGUGAGUUUCGGACUGAAGAAAAGUUGAUGAUGGAGCAGUUCCUCUUGCAAGAGGAGAAGCGGUCACUACUUGAGUUAAGGGCUGAAAUGGAUUCGAGGCAGAAAGCUAGUCGAGAAAGUCAUGAAGCAAAUAUGCGGAUGGCAGCCAUGGCACAUGUGGAUCACGCUCGUGCAGAAUCACAAGCACAUGCUGAGAUGAUGGCACGUGCUCCAAUAAGAGGAAGUGCCCUUGGGUCUCGUGGUAAUAGUACAAUUUGUUCUGACAUGGGUGAGCAAGAGCAGGAUUUCCAUCAGGAUGAGAUUAUGAAUGGGUGGGGGAGCAAUGCACAGAAAGAUGAUAAGGAGCCAUCUGAAGACUUUUUGAAUGACGAUGAAACAGAAAAUGGAGAUAAUGCAUUGCAAAGUGAGUGGCCUGAAGGAGGUGAGUUAGAUCUGAAUGCGAGAUAAAUCUAUUCAACCUGAGAAUAACACUUCAUUUUGCUAGAUAUAGAGUUCAUAGUUUGUGGUUUUAAUAUGGCACCACUACGGUUCCGCCGUUGCUAAAUCAAUCAUAUCCAUCAGCAUUGUAAUCAUUUUUCUAGUUUUCUUUGACAUUAUGAUUGUGGUUGUUUGUGAGUAACAAAAGAGAUCAUAAAAGCAUGUAUGUUGUUAAUGUCCAGCAGUAAAUGUCCUUGUUAGGGGCUGAGAUGUUGUUUGGUA